GGGCCCGCUCCGGCCGCAAGGUAUUCAUUCUUCUGCUACUCACACGCGUUCACCACCGCCUCCGGUAUAACUCGUGGCCCCGACCCCCGAUCGAUCCCGAUGCCUCCCCGCCCCGCCGCAUUCCUCUCUCGAUUCCGCGUCCUGAGAACCACCGCCGCCGUCGCCUCCCCUUCCUCCUCCGCGGCGCCGCUGCGCCACGGCUGUCACCCCGGCCUCGCUAGCCGCGUCGGUCCGUCCCCGCCGCGCGCGUGCUUCUUCCCCCGCGCCUCCGCCACCUUCACGCCGCUGGUGCUACGCCCAACCGCCGCCGGGUUCGCUCUGUUCAGCAUGGCUGCCGCCUCCUCCGCCUCCUCCGUCCACGACUUCACCGUUAAGGAUGCAAGUGGCAAUGAUGUGGACCUGAGCACCUACAAGGGGAAGGUUCUCCUCAUCGUCAAUGUUGCAUCACAGUGUGGCUUGACCAAUUCUACCUACACGGAGCUGAGCCAGCUGUAUGAGAAGUACAAGGACCAGGGUUUUGAGAUCCUUGCUUUCCCAUGCAACCAGUUCGGUGGGCAGGAACCUGGAACUAAUGAGGAGAUUGUCCAGUUUGCUUGCACUCGCUUCAAGGCCGAGUAUCCAAUUUUUGACAAGGUUGAUGUCAAUGGUGACAAUACUGCACCCAUCUAUAAGUUUCUGAAGUCCAGUAAAGGUGGUCUAUUGGGUGAGACCAUCAAAUGGAACUUUUCCAAGUUCUUGGUUGACAAAGAGGGGCGUGUUGUGGAGCGAUACGCACCAACCACUUCCCCACUCAGCAUCGAGAAGGACAUCAAGAAGCUGCUCGGGAGUUCUUAAACCUUGCAGCUGGAGCCACUAGCUUCACUGCUGCACUGCAUUUAGCACUUGAUAUCAGUAAUGUUGCAAUAAAGCUGUGCUUAGAGGAUGUUGCUUUUGCUGUAUUUCCUCAGCAUGUCCUUCAACUUGUAGUAAAUGUCAUGCAAUAACUUUGGUUCAAUGCAUAUUUCUCUUGCAAGAUUUCUGAGAAAAGGUUUGA